AUGAACAGCUUAUGCCCGAUGGAGUUCGUCGACACGAAGAAUUUCAUGCCCUCGCCGGUGAUUUUCCGACCGCGUGUGCCACGAAUCCGUUCCCAAACGUUGCAGAACUACAUGUGCGGCGAAUGUGGCAAAGGGUACAAGUGGAUGGCCAAUCUGCGCAGACACCAGAGGCUCGAGUGCGGAAAGCUGCCGAAGCAUCGCUGUCGACUAUGCCGAAAGGAGUUCUACCGAAGAUACGAGCUGACGAAUCACUAUAACACGAAGCACACAGCCGCCAACGAGUACGAGAACACGGAACAAAAAGAUCCAUCCACGGGCUGGACCGAUCGGAAUCACGGGGAGGCGAUCGAUUGGUACCUGAAGUCCGAAUACGAGACGUCGCAGACCCUGUUCGAGUUCGUGGCCAGCAGCUACGACUCGCCGGAAGUGGAGGAACGGAAGAAAACCACGAAGACGGUGAUCUGCGAGGAAUGCGGCAAGAGCUUCUCGAGGCUGGACAGCCUGCGACGUCACGAGAAGAAUUAUUGCAAAGUGAAAGGGGAGAGACUGUUCUGUCGUUUCUGCGGCAAGACGUUCGUGAAACCGUUGGCGUUUAUCACGCACGUGAAAUCGAUGCACUCGGCCCUACUCGCGAUCUCAAAUCCGCAAUCGAUGAUGCAGUGA